AUGGCGAAAAGGUCUGCAGACACAAAGACCUCUCCAAAAGCCAAAGUUACGAAGACUGACCCGAAGGAGAGGCUUGAGCCCCUCUUCCAACUGGUUGACAAGGCUCAGCUGGGAGACACGUCAAAGUCAAUGCUGGUGAGCAUGGCUCCACAUUGUGUGGGCAACCCAACUCAUGAGUUCCAAGUAAAGUUCAAGGAGAUGCUUGACGGGGUUGUGACCAAAGUCGAUAUGGAGCAUGUAGAAGGUGUUGAAAGGGCCCAGGCUAGCCUGACGGAGAUUCAAGAACAGCUGGAAGUAGCCCAGAAAGCGGUAGCAACUGAAACCGAGGAGGUGACCGCAGCGCGUGCGGUUCGGACCCAAAAAGAAGAAGCUCUGAAUGCUGCACGGAAGGAGGUGGCGUCGGCUCAUGCCGCGGUUGCUACCGCCAAAAAUAAAGUUGAAAGCAUUGAGACUGAGCGCUCCGCCAUGGUGGCGGAGAAGGCUGAGUACGAAUCACUCCUCGAAGGAGAUUGGGCUGUGCUCAAGGCUGGAACGAUCGACGGCAAGAAAUGGCGUGAGCGGGCGAAACUCAUUGCUUUUUCGCUGAAGAUGUUGGAGCCUGUUGGGCUGGAUGCCGCCCUUGAGAGCGCAUUGCCAGUGGCAUUCAAGACCAAACCAUCGGAGCGUGGCAGCUUUGCAGAGAAGGCCAUUGUUUAUGCAGAGGACCUUUUGCACAAGACCAUUGCAAAACUUGCAGAAAAGCUGAGUGGCUUUGAAGCAGAGGCGGCCGGACGGGCGCAAGUUCUGGUUGAUGCAGUCAGUGCUCAACAGGGCGCAUGUCAACAAGAGGAACAACGACAGGCUGAGUUCCUAGCAGCAGAUGCAGCGGUGAAAGAGAAGGAGGCCUCAUUGAAUCAUGAAAAGAAAGCGGAGAAGACGCUGGCUCCAAAAUUGAACAAAAGCAAAUCCGCCCUGGCGAUGGCAGAGGAGAGGCUAGUGCAGGUUCGCAGCCUGAUUGCGGAGUUCAAGCAGCUCAAUGAGGCCGCAGCUCCUCUGGAGGGUUGA